AAAGAUAAAAGGAGGGGUGGGGGGUGGUUCCAGGAGGAAGAGACGGGCGAGGACUGAAAGCAUCGGUUACGCGGACUGACGGUAGCAUCAGCUUCAGCCUCUGACGAGCCCCCGCCUCAAAUUCAGCGCAGCAACUCAACUGGGCAAAGGGGCAAAAGGAUGAAGUGAAAGAGAGAGCUCCUCUCCACGGGUGCUGGAAGGGUUCAGGCGGCGUGGAGGAGAGAAGGAGAGAGAGAGAGAGAGAGAGGGAGAAAGAGAAUCCGCGGUUGGCACCUUCGACUCUGGGAUUCCAUUGGGAGGGACGGCUCUCUCGGAAAAUGGAUUCUGUACCACGGCUGACCAGCGUUUUGACUUUGGUGUUCGCCAGUUUGUGGCACUUAGGAUUAACAGCGACAAACUACAACUGUAAUGAUCCACUAGCCUCCUUCCUCUCUCCGAUGGCUUUCUCCAGCUCCUCUGACUCCAUGAGUACCCCCAGCCCAGCUCAACUGAACUGGAGAAUGGGAACUGGUGGUUGGACCCCAGCAGAUUCCAGUGCCCAACAGUGGCUCCAGGUGGACCUGGGGAACAGAGUGGAGAUUACAGCAGUGGCCACGCAAGGAAGAUAUGGAAGCUCUGACUGGGUGACAAGUUACAGCCUGAUGUUCAGCGACACAGGGCACAACUGGAAACAAUACAAGCAAGAAGACAGUGUCUGGACAUUUGUAGGAAACAGAAACACAGACAGCGUGGUGCAUCACAAGCUGCUGCACUCUGUGAGAGCUCGCUUUGUUCGCUUCGUGCCACUGGAGUGGAACCCUAGAGGAAACAUUGGCAUGAGAGUGGAGAUCUAUGGAUGCUCCUACAAAUCAGAUGUUGCUGACUUCGAUGGCAGGAGCUCUCUGCUCUACAGGUUCAACCAGAAGCUCAUGAGCACUCUCAAAGACAUGGUCUCUCUCAAAUUCAAGAGCGUGCAAGGAGAUGGGGUCCUGUUCCAUGGAGAAGGGCAGCGUGGGGACCGCAUCAUGCUGGAGCUGCAGCAGGGCAGGCUGGCUCUGUACCUCAGCUUGGAUGAUGGCAAAGCUCGGCCUAGCAACAACCCACCCUUGGCCACUCUGGGCAGCCUCCUGGAUGACCAGCACUGGCAUUCAGUCCUUAUUGAGCGGGCUGGCAAGCAGGUGAACUUUACGGUGGACAGACACAUGUACCACUUCCGGACCAAGGGUGAAGCAGACACCUUGGACAUCGACUAUGAGCUUAGCUUUGGAGGAAUUCCAGUACCAGGCAAACCUGGGACCUUUUUGAAGAAAAACUUCCAUGGAUGUAUGGAGAACCUUUAUUAUAAUGGAGUGAACAUAAUUGACCUGGCUAAAAGACGAAAACAUCAGAUCUACACUGUGGGCAACAUCACUUUUUCUUGCUCGGAACCACAAAUUGUUCCCAUCACAUUUGUCAACUCCAGGAGCAGUUAUCUGCUGCUGCCCGGCACCCCUCAAAUUGACGGGCUCUCAGUGAGUUUCCAGUUUCGAACAUGGAACAAGGAUGGUCUGCUUCUGUCCACAGAGCUGUCUGAAGGCUCAGGGACAUUGCAGCUGAGCCUGGUGGGAGGAACGCUGAGGCUUCUGAUUCAGAAAGCCUCGGGACCUGGAGCUGAAAUCCUGUCCGGCAGCAGCUUGAAUGAUGGCUUGUGGCAUUCUGUUAGCAUCAAUGCCAGAAGGAACCGCAUCACUCUCACCCUGGAUAACGACGCAGCUUCCCCAGCUGCAGACACCUCCCAGAUGCAGAUUUAUUCAGGAAAUAGCUACUACUUUGGAGGGUGUCCUGACAAUUCCUCUGAUUCCCAAUGUUUCAACCCCAUUAAGGUUUUCCAAGGCUGCAUGAGGCUCAUCUUUAUUGAUCACCAGCCCAAGGACCUCAUUUCAGUUCAGCAAGGUUCCCUGGGGAAUUUUAGUGAUUUGCACAUUGAUCUGUGUAGCAUCAAAGACAGGUGUUUGUCAAAUUACUGUGAACAUGGAGGCAACUGCUCCCAGUCCUGGACUUCCUUCUACUGUGACUGCACUGGCACAGGUUACACGGGUGCCACCUGCCAUGACUCCAUUUAUGAGCAGUCCUGCGAGGGGUACAAGCAUCGAGGUCACACAGCUGGGUUCUUCUACGUAGACUCUGAUGGCAGCGGGCCGCUGGCAGCUCUCCAAGUGUACUGCAACGUCACUGAGGACAAGAUCUGGUUGUCAGUGCAGCACAAUGUCACACAGCUGACCCAUGUGCAGGGUUCCAGCCUUAAGAAUCCCUAUUCCAUGACCUUGUAUUAUGGUGGCAAUAUGGAGCAGCUGGAGGCCCUGAUUGAUGGCUCAGAGCACUGUGAACAGGAGGUGGUCUAUCAUUGCAGGAGAUCCCGCCUAUUUAAUACACCAGAUGGACCCCCAUUUACUUGGUGGAUUGGGAGGUCCAAUGAGCAGCACCUUUACUGGGGAAGUUCUAUUCCUGGGGUCCAGCAAUGUGAGUGUGCUCUGGAUGAGAGCUGCCUGGACAUUCGCCAUUUCUGCAAUUGUGAUGCUGACAAAAAUGAAUGGACAAAUGACACUGGCUUGCUUUCCUUCAAAGAUCACUUGCCUGUCACUCAGAUAGUUAUCACAGAUACCAACAGAUCAAACUCAGAAGCUGCUUGGAGAAUUGGUCCCUUGCGUUGCUAUGGCGACCGAUAUUUCUGGAAUGCUGUCUCAUUUUAUACUGAAGCUUCCUUUAUCCACUUUCCUACCUUCCACAUGGAAUUCAGUGCUGAUAUUUCCUUCUUCUUCAAAACCACCGCUUUAUCUGGAGUUUUCUUAGAAAGCCUUGGCAUUAGAGACUUCAUCCGACUUGAGAUAAGCUCUCCUUCUGAGAUCACAUUUUCCAUUGAUGUUGGGCAUGGUCCUGUAGGGCUUGUUGUCCAGGGUCCUUCUUCUCUGAAUGACAACCAAUGGCAUUAUGUCCGGGCUGAGAGGAACCUCAAGGAGACCUCACUCCAAGUGGACAAUCUUCCAAGGAGCACCAAGGAGACCUCGGAGGAAGGCCAUUUUCGACUGCAGUUGAGCAACCAGUUGUUUGUAGGGGGGACGUCGUCCAGACAGAAAGGCUUUAUUGGAUGCAUCCGCUCCUUACACUUGAACGGGCAAAAGCUGGACCUGGAGGAGAAGGCAAAAGGCUUGUCAGGAGUCAAGCCAGGCUGCCCAGGCCACUGCAGCAGCUAUGGCAGCAACUGUCACCACGGAGGCACGUGUGUGGAGCAGCACAGUGGCUACUCCUGCGACUGUACCAGGUCACCAUAUGAAGGACCCUUUUGCCAGAAAGAGGUCUCGGCUGUUUUCGAGGCUGGCACAUCAGUUACAUUUAUGUUCCAGGAUCCCUACUCUGUGACCAAGAAUGCAAACCUCUCAUCUUCAGCUCUCUACACAGAGGCAAUUCCAUCCCAGGAGACCAUUUUACUGAGCUUCAUGACAGCUCAAGCACCCAGCCUCUUACUCUUCCUCAAUUCUUCUGAUCAGGACUUCCUGGCUGUUCUGCUCUGCAAGAAUGGAAGUUUACAAGUUCGUUACCAGCUAGGCAAGGAAGAAAAUCAUGUUUUCACCAUCGGCGUAGAGAACUUGGCCAACAGAAGGAUGCACCACUUGAAGAUUAGCCGGGAGAGCCGAGAGCUUUUCAUCCAGAUGAACCAGCAACUCCGGCUCAGCUAUAACUUCUCCCCAGAAGUCAGGUUCAGGACUGUAAGGUCCCUCAUCCUGGGCAAAGUCACAGAGACUCUUGGGUUGGAUUCUGAAAUUGCUAAGGCAAACACCUUGGGUUUUGUUGGCUGCCUUUCUUCCGUCCAGUACAACCACAUAGCACCACUGAAGGCAGCCCUGCGCCACGCCACCAUCGCCCCUGUGACCGUCCGAGGGACCUUGACAGAAUCCAGCUGUAGCUCCAUGGUGGACUCCGAUGUUAAUGUAGUGACCACGGUGCAUUCUGCAUCAGAUGCCUUUGGAAAGAAAGAUGAGCAAGAACCACUUACCAAUGCAGUCCAAAGUGACCCAGCAAUCAUUGCAGGAGUGGUUGCCAUGGUGAUAUUCAUCAUCCUCUGCAUCCUGGGCAUCAUGACCCGCAUCCUCCACCAGCACAGACAGUCCCACCAUACCAGCCAGAUGAAGAAGGAAUAUCCUGAGAAUUUGGAUGGUUCCUUUAGAAAUGAUAUUGACUUACAAAACACAGUGAGUGAGUGUAAACGAGAGUAUUUCAUCUGAAAGACUGCAGGCUCACCUAAUCGUGUUUUAUGGGUGUUUGUCAAUUUUUAUUUUUUCAUUUCCUCUUCUGUCUUUUAACUUUGGCAUUCUCUUUCUCUAAUUUGCCACUCAUGUACUGAAACAGAAUUGAUCCCUUUGACCCAGCUGAGGAGACCUGGCAGACCAGACAGACCGAGUUGCAAAGUGCUGCUAAAGACAAUGAUUUUUACUAGGCUAGGCAAGGAAGAGGCACAUGUGUGCCCCCAAGCGUACUUGUUUUUGAGUUCCACUUUUAAAAAUGCGCUCUUUGGUUUGGCAGCCAUUCAGUCUUGCAAGCUUUCUUUAGUUCAGUUCUGUGACUUAGACAUUUUAUAGCCAUUCCGACAUCCCACCCCACCUCCAGUUCAUUUGUGCAAGGGAACCCAGGGCAGGAUGAGUUUGUUCAAAGACUGUUUGAUUUGGUGGUAUUUACAAGGAGCAGGAGAGAUGUUUGUGGUAUUGACUUCAUGACCAUAUACAGCCCUUUACCCUGACUCAAAACCUUUCUCACAAUGACACUGAUUGCCUGAACAUAUUCACAUAUAGGAUUUCUGAUUGUAGUGAUCAUUUGCCUUACUCCUUGAGGCCAAUAUUUCAGAGCAUCAUAUGAUAAAAUGGAGGAGAAACAUGGAAACAACAGCUUGAAACAGAGAGGUUUCAGAAAACUGUGAGGAGCUAGAUAUUAUGCAAUUCAAAGCCAUCUCCUCAACUGUGUAAGAUGUUAGCUUAAGUGAAGAAAAAUAUAGAAAUAUGAGCACACAUUGCACCAGUAUAAAGGAAUUCAAACAAAAGUCUAAGAUAGUAACCGACACCAUGGAAUAGCCAAAGCCAUCUUAGAUCAACUUUUUGAAAAAUAACUUCAUGAAAGAAGAGAAAUACCAAGCAGAAUUUCCCCCUUUCCUGCACUCCUGGAAGAUCUGGUAAAGAAAGCACAUUCAGGUAUCACACUGUAAAACAGAUGUGAAGUCACUUUUGGCUGUUUUCUAAGAGGCUGAGAAGAGAUGUUGUAUGUGGUCUCCUAUCCCCUCUACCAGAGUCACAGUUUGUUUCUUUAUUCUUUCUUUCUUUCUUUUUUUCUAGGUAGGGUCUUAUUCUUGUCCAAGCUGUCCUGGAAUUAGUCAUAGGCUGGCCUCGAAUUCACAGUGACCCUCCUACCUCUGACAGCACCCUCUUCAUCCCUCAGCCCCCCUAAUACCACUGAGAGUGCUGGGAUUAAAGGCACUCCUCGCCACACCCAUGCAUUUAUCACAUGACCAAAUAAGACAGUGACCACCCCUAGCAUUGGACCCAUCUGGUAACCAAAUAUUUAACUCAUCCUUUCAAGAAGGCAUCUUGAUACACCUGGGGGGUAGUGAGAAGACUCCUGAUGAUCUUGUUGUAGCAAUGUGCCUAAGUCUGCCUUCUGGCCACCUUGGAGAAAAAGAUAAGGGAGAAACUGUGUAAAUGCUCCAGGAUAUUAGAAGUGCCAGUAGGAUGAUCCUCAAAUGUGGAAAGAAGUGGCUAGUUCCCGUUGGAGAAGAUUUCAUUUGCAAAACAAACACCACAUGUCUGCUGGCCAGCCUUGAGAUUGGCCAGUACACUGCCUAUCAUGUUCUUCCUUAAUGUCAUGAUUGCCCAUUUGACAUUCCUCCACAUGAUGCUCCCAAUGAGUCUCCCAUUAGCUUUAUCCCACUUCAGACCCACAGCUUUCCUUCCACUUUCAGAGCUUGAGGUAAGGAUUGAGAUCAUAAUCCUACUCUAUAACUUCAAGAUGUUAUUCUAGACACAUUUUAUCUCCUUAAAAUUUUCUGUGAAUUCUUACUUUAUCACCUCAUCAUUAGAAUGCCACUAUUCAUUUUUCUAGAAAAUUUAUUUCAAAGUGGUUCUAGCAGGAUACCAGGAUGCUUUUAAAUUUUUUUUUCUAAUUUUAUAAAAAGAAAAAUGGCCACUUAAAAAUGAAAGAUCUUUAAAUGGUAUAUCCCUCUGCCUUUCCUUACCCUUUCUGCAAUUUUGGCUUUGGAAUUAUCUGUUUCUAUAAAAAUAUUCAUAAGUCAUCCUUUUGCAUGGCUAGAUAUUCCCUUGUUACCUGAAAUAAAAGUCACCCUGAAAUUCAAGUUUAGCAUCUCUAGUAACGAAAUGGGAAAGGAGGGUGUGAAUCAUAGUAUAGGGCCUCAAACUUAUUCAAGUCCCUAUGAAGCAAGGUCAUAAUUUGCUGACAAGAUUCUAGUAGGGGAAAAAAAUGGAGGACUGGUAAAAGCCACCUCAGAGGAUUUGACUUCCUCAUCCACAUAUGCACACUUACAUAGAGUUAUGAAAUUCAUCUAUAACUGCCUCAUGUGCUCCAGAGUCUACUGACAUUCUCCCUGCAUGUGCACACUCUGUAGAUAAGGACACAGAACACUGCAGAUUGAGGAAUGCCAAGGCUGUGCAAUCUGCACACCAUUGUUGUGGUCUCAGGGCUAAAUCAGAGUAACUUCAUAACCCCAGGGAAUUCUAUGGCCUUUGCAAGGUAAGAAGCAAGCAAGAUGCCUCCUCCCCACACACUUUGUAUCUAUGUAGCAGAUACCUUCUUGUUGCUAGGGGAAAAAAAAAAAAAACACCCAACCAGCAGCA